GAUCCUGAGGACUUCUUCCGACCAUCUACUGGAUCGGUAGAGGUGCUGAAUUUCCGAUCCGCUCAAAACGUUUGGGGUUACUUCUCGGUUUCUAGUGCUGGUAAAGUGCACGAGUUUGCGGAUUCGCAGUUCGGUCAUCUGUUUGCUCGCGGUCGAACUCGUCACGAAGCUGUCUCUGUGAUGUUGUGUGCCUUACAAGAAUUGGAAUUACGUGCUUCGUUCGCCUCUCAAGUGUCUUACCUAGUUGACAUGCUGAAGGAGCCAGAUUUUACGGAAAACCGCUUCAAUACUCAAUGGCUUGAUAACCGCAUCGCCAAUAAAAUCCUCCAAAAAGUGCCUCUUCCUAAACACGAAAUGAUCGCUAUAAGCAGCGCCGUUAUUGGUCAUGCAAGGGUGACUACAGCUUUCAACAAUUUCAGAAAUGCUGUUGAGCGAGGGCAGGUUCUCCCCACAAAGGACUUGACAGAGACGUUCCUCUUUGAUCUAGUCAAAGAUAUGAGUAUCUACAAGGUGACGGUAACUCGCAGUGGAGCUCUCAAUUAUAUAGUUUCCAUGAAUGGUGGGAAAACGCAAGUGGAAAUUCGUCUCUUGGGUGACGGAAGCUUGCUUGUCACUCAUCAGGAGCGCAGUUACACCUGCAAUUUGGAGGAGACUUCUGACAAGUUCAAGGUGACCAUCGGCCGAUCAAUAGUGGUUUUCGAAAAGGAUAAUGAUCCUAGCAUUCUCAAAUCGCCCUACACUGGGAAGCUGUUGGGAUACAAAAAACAAAAUAGGGAAUGGGUUGGCGUUGGUGCAGUGUAUGCUUCCGUUGAGUCAAUGAAGCUGGUGUUCAACGUUGAGGUGAAGAAGGCUCCUGGGAGAUUAGAACACGUCGCCAAAGAGGGCGAUCUGCUCUACCCUGGUUCCGUGAUUGCUCGUCUGAUCGACCAGAAGGAUGGUGAGAAAUAUAGACCAAGGCCCUUCCUCGAAUCGUUUCCCGAAUGGACUGAGUUACCUGACAACGAACAUGUUAUACCUGAGACGAAGAGGCAUGGCAGGUGUUUUGAUAUGUGCAUGAACGUGCUGAAAGGUUCUAUCCCUCCAGGUGCCGAUUUUAGCAUGGACGAUCUUGUUGAGGAGCUUUUUUGCUACCUUGAAAGCUCAACUUUGCCGUUUGCACUUUUCAAGCAAGCACUUAAUCCAAUGGUGAACCGUCUUCCUGAAAAAUAUUGUACGAAAAUAAAAGAAAUUGCGGAGGUGGAUUCUAUGGGAAACUUCGCGCUGAUUAAGUCGAUUCUCGACGAUUAUUUUGGCUCGCUGAGUCAUACAGAAUGGGAGAUGGCGAAAGCUGUGUGUAACACAGUAUAUCAAAUUUGCGAAAGGUUUGAGAAUGGUCUGCUUUCAAAUACUGGUUAUGUGCUCAACUCGUUGCUUGAUGAGUACAAACAGUGCGAAAGAUUCUUCGAAGGUCGCGUUUACGACGAUGCUGUUGCUCUUUUGAAUGAGGAGUUUGGCGCCGACAAAGAUCGUGUGGUCGCAAUGAUUUAUUCGCACACUCAGCUAAAAGGGAAGAACAAGCUGAUGUUGGCCUUGCUGAAAGCAAUCGAAAAACGUGGAAUGCACCUGGUCACACCACUUAUCAACAAUCUUCGAGAAAUCGGUAAUAUGUUCCACACCGAUGAGAUUGUCUGGGACAUUGAAAAGGUUAAUCUGACGGAUAGAGACAUGAAAGAAGUUCUGUCGGUCAGCGAUGCAGUGGCCAAGCUGCGCACUCUGUUUGAGAAGAUGAUGGACAGUGGCAUGAAUCCGAAGGAUUUGUACAGCUCUAGUCCAUGGGUGCACAAAGUCAUCCAUGAAUUCUUUUUCGAUGAGAAAUUGGCGGACUUCGCAAUUCGUGCUUACAUCGGUCUACAUUUCGCAGCCGACGAUGUUACUUGCACAGAGUUGCCUUGCGCUAAUUAUGACGCCAAAGUGUAUGACUUCUCCGUUGACAACUACAAUCUUGUGUUCGCAGUGCCUUUCUAA